AUGCCUGAUAGGAACUACAACGUGCAGAAGACUGAAGCUGAAAGGAAAAAAGCUGCACCUAAAGUAGAAGAUGCAGAGGCUCCGGCUGCAGAUGAAGAUGAAUCCAAGCCCAAACCUAAGGCUUUUGCUCCUUCGAUUGCUGUUCCCAAGAUACCCGAAGGAGAAAAAGUCGACUUUGAUGACAUCCACCGGAAGCGUAUUGAGAAGGAUCUGACCGAGCUGCAGUCUCUGAUCCAGGCCCACUUUGUCCAGAGACAGAAGGACGAGGAGGAGCUCAUGGCUCUUGUUAAUAGGAUCGAGAAGCGCCGUGCCGAGAGAGCUGAACAGCAGAGGGUCCGAACUGAGCAGGAAAAGGAGCGGCAAGCUCGUCUUGCUGAGGAAAAGGAGAGGAAGGAACAGGAGGAAGCUCGUAGGAAGCAGGACAAGGACGUCAAGAAGAAGAAGGUCCUGACAAACAUGACUCAGCAGUACGGUGGCCAGCAGAGGCAAGAUGGAAAGAAAGGUGCAAAGAAGCAAACGGAACGAGAGAAGAAGAGAAAAAUCCUGGCGGAGAGGAGGAAACCUCUCAACAUUGAUCAUCUCAACGAGGAAAAGGUCAAGGAGAAGGCAGACGAGCUCUGGCAGUGGCUGAUGAAGCUGGAGGCUGAGAAGUUUGACCUCACCGAGGAACUCAAGAGACAGAAGUAUGACGUAAGUCCUCCGCCUCGGCCUGCUUCCCCCUCUUAAACGGAAGACAUUAUGACAAAUACAUGUAUGUAAGCUUCC